AUGUUAAGAAUUUAUCAAAAAAGUUUAAUUUAUAAUUUUAAUAAUUUUAUUAAAUUUACUUACAACACAUUACAAAAAUUUUCUACUCUCAAUACUAAUACUCUCAAUAGUACUCUAAAUAGUACUAAUACUACUCUAAAUACUACUACUUCUACUACUGGUACUACUACUAAUGGAUUGUAUGAAGAAAAUUAUGAAUGGCGUAAACGUAUAAUUGGUGGUCAAACUGGUAAUAAUUUGAAAGUUGGUCCAUAUAAGCGUGGUAGAUGGUUUGUAAGUUAUAAAGAAGAUCGUGGUAGUUUUAUUACCAACAUUUUAAUAAUUCUAGUCACGGGUUAUGCUAUUUUUACUCUUUUACCAGGUAAAAUUUUCAACUUCUCAUUUGAUUUAGGUGAAUCUAUGAAAGUUAGAAGACAACGUAAACUUAGACAAAUGUUACUUGAUAAAGCUAAUUUAACUGAAGCUGAACUUGAUUAUAUCGAAAAUUAUCAAUUCAAAUCCAAACAAAUUAAUACAAAUCCAAACAAAUUAAUAACAAAUUAA